AUAAAAUAUCUUUUCCCCAAGGGAAAUUUGGGGGUUUGGUUUCAUUAUUGACAACGACAUACCGAGUAAAUAAAUAAGACGUUCAAGCCCUCCUCCCAUGGAACACUCCCCACAAGUUGAAAGGAAAAAAAAGAACCAUGGGAAGGCACAUUUCCUUGUUUAUCCUCCCUCUAUUCCUAUUCUUUCCCACCAUCAUUCAACAUGCUAAGCCAGCCAUGUCUCUCCCUCUCUCGACGAACUUGCGUUGGAUCGUCGACGAGAAAGGGCAGCGGGUGAAGUUAGCUUGCGUGAACUGGGUCUCACACCUUGAACCAGUGGUUGCAGAAGGGCUUAGCAAGCAGCCUAUGGGUAUGAUCGCCAAACGGAUUGUGUCGAUGGGGUUUAAUUGCGUUAGGUUCACCUGGCCACUUUUUCUGGUCACCAAUGACUCGUUGGCCUCUCUCACUGUUAGACAAUCUUUUCAAAGUCUUGGUCUGCUUGAAUCUAUCGCUGGAAUUCAGGCCAACAACCCCUCCAUCAUCGAUGUUUCCCUCAUAAAAGCUUACCAGGCAGUGGUAUCUAGCCUUGGGGAAAACAAUGUAAUGGUCAUACUUGACAAUCACAUAAGCACGCCCGGUUGGUGCUGCAGUAGUUUUGACGGCAAUGGUUUCUUCGGUGACCAGUACUUCAAUCCUGAUCUAUGGAUCACAGGCCUGACUCGGAUGGCCACCCUAUUCAAUGGUGUCACCAAUGUGGUCGGCAUGAGCUUGAGAAACGAGCUUAGAGGCCCCAAUCAGAAUGUAUCUGAUUGGUACAGGUACAUGCAGAAAGGAGCUGAAGCAGUGCACUCAGCCAACCCAGAUGUUCUUGUUAUACUUUCUGGAUUGAGUUAUGACAAGGACUUGUCAUUUAUCAGAAAUCAACCAGCAAAUCUCACGUUUAGUGGGAAACUAGUAUUUGAAGUGCAUUGGUAUGGUUUUUCAGAUGGGCAGGCAUGGGUAGCUGGCAACUCAAACCAGGUAUGUGGCAGGGUGGCAAAUGACAUGAUGAGGACAUCAGGGUUUUUGGUGGAUCAAGGCUAUCCAUUGUUCGCGAGCGAGUUUGGGGUAGACCUAAGAGGAACCAAUGUCAAUGACAAUAGAUACUUGGACUGCUUCUUAGGUGUUGCAGCUGAACUUGACCUGGAUUGGGCAUUGUGGACACUGGUUGGGAGUUAUUAUCUGAGAGAAGGGGUCCUUGGGUUUAACGAGUACUAUGGAAUCUUGGAUUGGAAUUGGUGUGAUACCAGGAAUUCAAGCUUACUAGAGAGAAUUUCUGCUCUCCAGUCUCCUUUCCGAGGGCCGGGCCUAUCAGAAACCAAACUGCAUAAAGUGAUCUUCCAUCCCUCAACGGGGCUUUGUGUCCUAAGGAAAUCAUUGCUUGACCCAUUGCGCUUGGGUUCCUGUACUGACUCUGAAGCUUGGAGAUACUUACCCCAGAAGACGUUGUUAGUAAUGGGAACUUAUUUCUGCUUACAAGCUGAUGAAUCAGGGACGCUGGCAAAACUUGGUAUCAUCUGCAGCGAGUCUAAUUCAAAAUGGGAAAUGAUAGCCGAUUCCAAGAUGCACCUGUCAUCUAAGCUCAGAAAUGGCACAUCCGUUUGCCUGGAUGUGGAUUUGGACAACACUAUUGUUACAAACAGUUGCAAAUGCUUAAAUGAAGAUAAUACGUGUGACCCCAGGAGCCAGUGGUUCAAACUUGUGGACAGCACAAGGAGCAGAAGUGGGGGGAAAGCUUCCUUAAAUUUUGACUCGAUCCUUGACUUACCUGGAAAGGAGUUCUUCUGGAACCUUUUGGGUGCCUCGAUAUAAAAGAUUUUUUCAGCAAAGCAAAUAGGCAAGGGGUUACAAUUAAACAUUCCAAGCAAGUUUAGUCCAAAGCCAGAGAUAUAUAUGCAACUAACCCUAUGCUACAGGACAUGUUCUGUGGUCCAAACACCAAAGGCACAUCGAUUUACUAGGCCUCGCAUAGACUGUUGAAACUGUAGGAAUUGUUUCAACAUGCUGUUCCACUGUUCAACCAGACUGAAGAAAUUAUGUUGGUCAUGCAAAAUUCAGUUCAUGUGAUCAACAAAACAAUUGCAACCAUGCUUGUGUUUCCUUUGGUAGAGAGUAAAUUGAAGCUGAAAGACACAACAAAAACUUGGGUGCAAUUUUGUUCUCAAAAUAGUUAUUCCAUUUGCUAAGAGCCAAACCAA